AUCCACAGUUCAUCAUAAUCCUACAUUAUCCCUCACCUUUCUUUCUUCAAUCUUCUUCUCUAAAUCACUCAUCAAUCUUCUGCAACUCCCUCACCAAUUUCUCUUAAAAUCCCUGUUCAAUCUUCUAUACUUCAUUCAUCAAAAAUGGAUAUUGAAUCAGGGAAAUUUGAUUCACAGAGCAACAAUGGCAGAUAUUUAGAAAGUGGGUUUGAAUGGUUUAAGGGUUUCAUUGGGAAGCUCAUACAAAGUGGAACCAAAUUUGAGGGUAAAGUAGAAAAAUUGGGGAGAGACGAUCCAAGAAGACUAAUUCACUCCUUGAAAGUUGGAAUAACCCUAGCAUUGGUCGCUAUUCUCUUCUAUUUUAGUCCCAUUUAUGGUGGAUUCAAGUCUGCAACAAUGUGUGCAAUCUUAACAGUGGUUGUCGUUUUUGAGUUUAGUGUUGGUGCCACUUUGGGUAAAGGAAUGAACAGGGCAAUCGCAACAUUUGCAGGUGCUGGUUUAGGGGUUGCUAUUCAUCACCUAGCAGACCUAGCCGGAAAGGGAGGAGAACCCAUUCUUCUCGGUUCUUUUGUAUUCUUAUUGGCCGCUGUCGGGUCCUUUUCUAGGUUUUUUCCCGGUAUCAAAGCAAGAUAUGAUUACGGAGUUUUAACUUUCAUAUUAACAUUCAGUUUAGUUUCUGUAUCGGGUUACAGGAUUGAUGAAAUCUUUGAAUUGGUUCUUCACAGAUUCUCCACUGUUUUGAUCGGUUGUCUUAUAUGUGUGAUGAUCUCAGUCUUUGUUUAUCCUGUAUGGGCUGGAGAAGAUUUGCAUAAUCAAACUUGUCUCAACAUGGAAAAACUUGGGGAUUUAUUAGAAGCAAUUGGAAGAGAUGGUCUAGUUCAUGACAACACUAGCAAAUACUUACUUCACCUUCCUGGAUGUGAAAGUGUUAUAAACUCAAAGGCAGCUGUAGAAUCUCUUGUUAAUUUUGCAAGAUGGGAGCCACCACACGGAAAGUUUAGAUAUGGUCAUCCAUGGAAGCACUAUUUGAAGAUCAACAUGGUAACUCGUCAAUGUGCAUACAAGAUUCAAUCUCUUUGCAACUCCAUCAAAACUUCUCAAACCCAAUCAGUGGAAUUAAGUAAGAUGAUUCAAAAGGAAAAUAUGACAGUGAGUACAGAGUUAGGGAAAGCAUUAAAAGAAUUAUCAAAUUCAAUUAAGAUGAUGGCAUAUUCUGAAUCUAUUUUAAAACAUCUUAGCAACUCAACGGAUGCCGCAGAUAAUAUCAAAGUUUCCCUACAGUCAUGUAAAUUGGAGGAUACAAACAUCUUUGAGCUGAUGCCGGAAAUUCAAACAACUACUCUACUGAUGGAAGUCAUUGAGAGCAUAGGAAGUAUUAUUGAUUCAAAUGGGAAGAUUGUAUUCAUGGAUCCUGGUUAUGUAGUAGUAUAUGAUCCAAAACAUGAAAGUGCUAUUGAAAGAAAAUUGGAUAGGUUUGCAAAUUUGAUAUCUGAAGUUAACUACUCAGAAAGCUUAGUUUCAGCCAGUUCUGGUACUUACACGGGGAAAGAACAAAUAGAGGAAAAAGUUAAUGGAGUUGAUGAAUCUGGUUCCGUUAUCAUCAACGAGACAAUAGCAUUAAGUCACGGACAAAGACUGUGGUAUUUCGUUUUAGGAUUAGAACCUAUUAUCAGCUCUAUGAUACCGUGCUCCAGGAAUGUAAGGCAAACACAAAAACCGAUGUCUACAGACUACAGUUUAGCAGUAAUCGCAUUAGAAUCUCUGACUGGGAAUUCUCCUGGAGAGGCAAUGCAUGGUGUUGGUUUACCACAAUGGUGA